AUAGUCACUUUUUUCGCGGCCAGUUUUCACCACAGACUCUUGCUCCGUUUGCACGUACUUUGUGGGUGGCGGCGGUUAAUUUGCGCUUGAUUUCAGCAGAUCCAAAUUUUGUAACGCACAAAAAACUCAUCUAGUGUCUCUCCAUCUACCAGUCCGAGUGUAAUAACUACUAAAACCCAUCAAAAUGAUGUCCGAAUACUGGAUUAUCUCGGCGCCAGGCGAGAAGACCUGCGCCCAGACAUUCGACACGAUGAACAACCUGACCAGCAAGCAGCACAACCUCUGCAAUAACUACAAGUUCCAUAUACCCGACCUGAAGGUGGGAACGCUGGACCAGCUGGUCGGCCUGUCCGAUGAUCUGGGAAAGCUGGACUCGUACGUGGAGCAGAUCACCCGCAAGGUGGCUGUCUACCUGGGCGAGGUGCUGGAGGAUCAGCGGGACAAGCUGCACGAGAAUCUGCUGGCCAACAACAGCCCCGGUCCGCCCGACGAAAUACCCUGUCGACACCACCAGCGAAUAAAGAAUCUCAGCCUGCGACACCAGCGAAAACACCAGCACACGCACCACCAAAACAAACCCCAACACUACCAUCUCCAACAUCACCACCAGCUGCCCCAGGAUAUCAAGGGUAAAUCAACCUCAACCAAUCAACUCACUCCAAGUCGCGACCCAAGCCAAGCUCCUUCCACUCCUACUCUUCCCACUGCUGCUGCCAAUGCUGGCACUGUUCCUUGCGCCUGUACCAUAACCACACCAGCCCCUGGAUCCGGAUCUGGCGGCAGCUUGAAUAACCUCUCCACAACCCACGACGAGUCCGAGCGGGACUUUGACUUUGUGAUAGCGCCACAGCCGGGCGGAUGUCUGUGCGAGGAGUGUGGCGUGUUCGCCCCGCCCAGCACCAGUGCCACGGCCAGCACGCUGAUGGCCGACGAGUGCUACUCCCACACAGCCUCCUCCAUGCUGAGUGCCACACGCAGUGCCCUUUCCACAAUGGCGGCCAUUGCCACGGGCAGCAACCUGGGUGGUGGUAGCUCUGUCGGAGGCGCCAGCACAAGUGCGGCCGCUGCCGCUGCGCAUGCGCAUGGGGGGCACCCUCCCGCUGCAGCUGCCGCCUCCGCACCCGCAAAGAACAGCUCCGCCUCGACCCUCUGCUCCUCGGCCUACUUCUCCACGUCGGCGCCCACCACUAGCAGCUCGGUGCACAGCAUGUCGCGCUCUAACAGCAAGAAGCUGAAUAACAACACUUGCAGCAUAAACCAUAACAAGCUCAGCUUCCGCAGCGGCAGCCACGUGAGUCAAUUGAACCUGCCCCAGCAUCAGCAACAGAAUCAGAAUCAACAGUAUCAGCAGAAGCGAGAUCUUUCAUCCUCAUCGCCGCUUCAGUCGCCGACCCAGAAGUCGUGCGACUCGUCCGAUAUGGAUGCGGACGGGGGGAACACCACGGAUGGUGACCCCAAAAGUCCGAACAGCGCCAGAUCCUCCGAUCUAUCUGAAACUUUCGACUGGUGGUUCAAUAAGCCCAAGCGUAACUCUAAAAAGAGCAGUGCACACCAAUGCGAAAAACAACAUCUCCACCAACACCAACACCAACAGCAACACCAACAACUACACCAAGAACAACAACAGCAAUCCAAAGCAAUGACAUUUUGGCAUCAAGCAUCGACCACACCGCGCUCUAGUUAUCGCUCUUUCUUCAAUUCUCUUGCCGAUCAAAUAUAUAGCAAACGUUCUACAUCGAGUCAAUUAAAUAUAAACAAUGGAUUUAAUUUAACACCAACACAUAGAUCGUCUCCAGUGAGUAGUUGUUGUGGCAGUAGUAGCCAGGGGCGAUCCAGUCCGGACACGGAUAAUCCAGAGCCGCCAGAGUUUCCGCUGAGUCCAGCCGAGCUGCCGCAGUAUUUGACCCGAUUCCAAUGGGACAUGGCCAAGUAUCCGAUCAAGCAAUCGCUGCGCAACAUUGCGGAUAUCAUUUCCAAGCAGAUUGGCCAGAUCGAUGGCGACCUGAAGACCAAGUCCCAGGCUUACAACAACCUCAAGGGAAAUCUGCAAAACCUGGAGAAGAAAAAGACUGGCAGCUUGCUGACCAGGAACUUGGCCGAUUUGGUCAAAAAGGAGCACUUCAUUCUGGAUUCGGAAUACCUGACCACUCUGCUGGUCAUUGUGCCCAAAGUCCUGACCAAUGACUGGCAUGCCAAUUACGAGAAGAUCACGGACAUGAUCGUGCCACGCUCAACGCAGCUCAUUCAGGAGGACAGCGACUACUGUCUCUUCAAUGUGACGCUCUUCAAGAAGGUCACCGAGGAGUUCAAGCUACAUGCCCGCGAGCGCAAAUUCAUUGUUCGUGACUUCGUCUACAACGAAGAAGAGCUGGCCGCCGGCAAGAACGAGAUGACCAAGCUGAUGACGGACAAGAAGAAGCAGUUUGGACCCCUUGUGCGUUGGCUGAAGGUUAACUUCAGCGAGGCAUUCUGUGCCCUCAUUCACGUGAAGGCCCUGCGCGUCUUUGUGGAAUCUGUGCUGAGAUACGGGCUGCCGGUCAACUUCCAGGCCAUACUGAUCGAGCCCAACAAGAAGAGCGUGAAGCGUUUGCGUGAUGUGCUCAACCAGCUGUACGGACAUCUGGAUGGUGCCUCGGCUGGCGGUCAAGUCAGCAGUGCUGAUAAUGUGGAUAUACCCGGUCUGGGCUUUGGCCAGUCCGAAUACUAUCCCUAUGUGUUCUACAAGGUCAAUAUCGAUAUGGUUGAGCAAAGCAAGGUCUAAGAUGUGCCGCCUGCUACACCCAUCAAUGCAACCAUCCAGCCAGCCCACAAAAUACAUAAUACACACAAAACCAAGCAAAUAUACUAUUGAAAUCCAUCGGCUGAACCAAGCAUUCGGAGUUGCUUUGGCAAAAUUUUACAGAAUUAAAAGCAGAAAUGAAAUGAACAGAAAGAAAAUAGUUAAAUUUAAAUAAUUUUAGUCAUUGUUAUAUAAUUAUUGUUGUUAUUUAUGUUUGCGCGUGUGCAGAAUUCUGUUUCAACUUAACUUCCGGCUAGAGAAAUCACAAAUCAGCAAUCCAAACAAAACUAAGCAAAAACGGACGUUUGCAGUCCUCCCAGAUAUUGUAGGAGCUUCUAUUUUGUAUCCUGUCCCCUGUCCAUCUUUAGUUUGCAAACCAGUAUUUUAUGUUGUUCUAAUGCCGUACUAUGAUUAUUACCAUAUGAUGAAUGAUAUGAAUGUUUAACACGUAGCUAAAGCCCAGGCGUUCCAGUCUCCUUUUGUGUUUGGUAGCAAUCCAAUAAACAUUUGAGUUAAAUUUUGUUUUAAAACGCCUUUUGUCUCGUUUCGUGCUUCUGCUCCACUCGGUAUAUGUAUCUUUUUCUGUGUCUGUGACUAACAAAAAGCAAUCCAACAGCAGCCAACAACCAAUAGCAUGCCCUACAACUAAUGUAAGCAGAAAGGAGGUGUUCCGUGGGAAGCUAAUCUAACAAAAUAUUGAUCCAAAGUAAACAAAUAACUAACGAAAGUAUUGUAUUUAUAAAUGUUGCCUAGAUAUCAAAAUGUUAAUAACUAUUCGCGCAUGUUUCAACACUAAUCGCAAUGAGAAUCGCCCGCAGUCAGACUAGUUUGAUGGCUCUGCUUAUUGUUUCGUCUCUACUACAACUACUAUUCUUUUAUUUAUACAAACUCUAACCCUGAGUGUUGAGUGUGUGAAGCCCCUCCCUAACCACCGCCAGUUGCUGCAAUAAGAGCCUGAAUAGGGAUCAGAUCGGUGGGAUUGCAUCGGGCGAAAUGAACAAUAAUAUUUGUACGAGUAUGUAAAGUUUUUUUUUUUCCAGUUUUUCCUAUUGUCGGGCCGCAAGUUGUGUGCACCAAUUUAAGCAAAUCGUGAGAGAGAUACAGUAUCUAAAUAUAAAUAUUUUAAAACUAUGCCUAAUAUGUGUAUACAAAACAGAAACUAUGUAAUUGUCAUUGCGUUAUAUAAGGUGCAAUUAAGACAUCCUUGUAAAUAAUUAUAAAGAAAGAAAGACA